AUGUCAUUACCAACAAUAUUCUGCUUAACUGAUUCAUUAUCACAAGAUUUUUCAAAAUUAUUAAUACAAGAUAUCGCAGAAGACUUCAAUGUUUCAAUAUCGGUCGGUGAAUUUCCAAAUAAAAGGACUUUCUUUGCACACUCUUUAAUAUUGAGGGCUAGGUCACCCUACUUUCGUAAAGUUCUAACAUCAAGAAAAUGUGGUCCGAAUGAAGAUAUGAUAACGUAUACUUUGGCAAACCCGAAUUUUUCUCCUACUGCAUUCGAGUUUAUACUUGGUGAUAAUUUCGUACAAUGGUCAUCGGAUGAUUUUCUCAUAUUGGAAUUAUCAUUGCAUAAUUGCCUUCCUUGGAUUAGAUUCUUUCAUAUGCCAUAUAGAGAAUUUUCUAUUAAAGUAAUGCCAUUUGAAAAGAUCUUACCAAACCAUCUGGUUCAUGAUGUACAACUUUAUCAUUUUGUCCAAAAUUGUCGAUCACUUCAUAAUACCGUCUUACCUCCAAGGCUUGGUGUGUGUAACUCAUCAAUCAUUACGUGGAGUCACAUGGGACUGAUUGCAAGUUGGAUUGAUCGUAAAGAUUGUGAAAAUGCUUUAACUACAGAAAGCUUUAUAUUCUCAAUAGAUGUUGGGAAAUCGGAUUCAAUGCCAACAAAAAGGGCAACUACCGUUAGUCGUGUUACAGAUGCGAAUAAAGCGAUUUAUAGUUUUGUGGCGUUAGGUCCCUAUUUUGGUGAUGGAGAUUUAAAAGUUUGCAUUCGAUACGACAGCCCAAGUUGUAGUUGCACGCAUAAAUCUUAUUCUUCGAAAAUUCUUGAAAAAUCUGAUUGGAUGGUUGUUGAGGAAUACGAAGUCUUUAAGGUCGAAACAAAGAAUGAAAAUAAAUAG